AUGCAGAAGGAGCUGGACAACCUCGCCCAGAAGGCAGUGGAGACCUCCGAACAGGUAGCCGAGGCGAAGGAGCAGGUCGAGAGGUCCUUCCGAGACAAGACGAACACAGAGGGCCAGCUCCUGUGGGAGCAGGUUCAGCGGAACGAGGUGGCGAUAGAGCUCGGCGAUGUGCGGAACGCGAACGAGGAAAAGAUGGACCGGAUAGCCGAGGAGGAGGCAGCCACCGAGCGGCUCCGGGAGAGCCGCCCCGUGAUCGCCAAGGAGGUGAGAGCCCUCGGGGACAAGUAUGUCCAAGCGCAGCGCGACAAGGCCACGCUGCAG